AUGGAGGGCACCCCAAAGCGUGUUUUGGAUGCUCAAAAAAUGACUCGCAGUCUGCAAAAAGAAUCCCAAAAAAGCAUUAUAUUGGCUCACAGUCAGUUUUUUCUGCCUUCUUCUUCCUCCCGCCCGGCCACGCCUGUACACGGCCGCCCCGCGCAUGCCACGCCAGCCCCUGCCCGGCCACGCCCCGCCCCCGACCCCUGGCCACGGCCGCCCGCGCCCGCUCCGACCACCCCCGGCCACGGCUGCCCCGGCCUCGUGCACGGCCGCCUCGUGCCGGCCAUGCCGCCCCCGCCCGGCCAUGGCCCCGGCCACCCCCGGCCACCGCAGCCCGUGCCCGCCGGUUGCUUGGCCGCCACGCCCGCAGCUGCCUGCGCUCGUCGGCUGCUCGCCCGCCCACGCCCCGCUGCCGCCCGCGCCUAG